AUGGACGGUGACGGCCGACACGACGACGGCGACUGGGUGCUGCCCUGCUCUGCCCUCGCCGACGUUACUCUGGCCCUCGUCGGAAAGAUCGGUUCCGGUAAGAGCGCCACCGCGAACCGCAUCCUUGGAAAGGAAGCAUUUCCCUCUGAGUUGUCCUACAGCGGGGUUACUUUGACUUGCCAGAAGAGAAGCAGGACGCUUCACGAUGGCUGUGCGACCCGCACCCUCAAUGUCAUCGACACUCCGGCUUCCCGGCAUAAGUGGAAUGUGAUGUUUGCGGUUUGUGCUGUCACGCUAUGGCACGCCAGAAAUGAUCGUGUGUUCAACCGCAAGCGCUGGACAGGGGCCUAUGUCGGGUUUUAUGCAGCAGAUAUGCUUCGGAUGUGGGCUUACAGAGCUAAAAAGCAACAGCACAAGGAGGACCUGCUGGAGUGGGACAUGUUAAACCUAUGUAAAAACAGGGUUGUUCUGUUUAACAAUAAGACAAGCAAUAAGAAGCGCCAUUUGGCACAGCUGAAAAAAUUGCUUGAUGCAGUGGACUCUGUUAUAUCCAGCAAUGAUGGAUACCCAUUUUCCAACCAGAUCAGUCGAAUUCAGCAAGCACAGAGUAGGGAAGAAAUAAGUGUUGACGAAUGCUCAGUAGAACAGAUGUCCAAAAUGAAGAAAGAGAUACAUGAUGAAUGCCUUGCACAGCUUGCGAAGAUGGUGGAGGAAAAACUAAAUAGUACAAUCACUAGGCUUGAAAAACUACUGUUGGAAGAGCAGAAAGCCAGGCUGGAGUCGGAGAAUGAGGUGGCAGAAGCAUUAUUACGAUCAGAAAAGGAGAUCAAGAAGCUCAGUGAGAUACUACAGAAGGCUAAGCAGGAGACUGAAAGCACACAAAAAGAAAUGGAGAAACUCAGAAAAAGAGAGUGAAAACUCUUGAAAAGAAAAACUGAAAGUGAGCGUGACAAUAGUGUAAUUCUCAAUAGGGUAAGAUGCAUAUGGCUAAGCUUUUGGGUUGGAGAAUGCCCUAUGAG